AUGGUAGUGCUGGAGUCCCCACACUUUACCGCCGAGAACAGUUAUUUAUCUUCAUUGGAAAAGACAGAGAGUGGCCUGGAUGUAAAGAACAAUGACGGUGUGUCUCUUCACUGGUCUUUUUCGCCAUCUGUAGAGGGCUCUGUAGGUAGCCUGGGAUUUGGUGAAGAAGGAUUAACUCAAUCACCAAGCAGCGAAAAGGAUGAUUGUGAUGAGGUGAUCGACACAGCAUCUCAAUGCUUUGAAUGCGGUGUAGUGCAAGAAUCACAAGAAGCGAGAAGUGUCUUUGAUGAAAUACGUGAUUUGCUGAUAUGUACCCCGUUAGAUCAGCAUCCUUUUUUUAACAUGGACAAACAACGGUCACUUGUAGAGAGUGAACGAUCACAGCGUCAAUAUGAGUUCUUUAUUUCCAUGGGACAACGGAACACACUUCCCCUAAAUGAACAAAACAUUUCCAGCAAGUCACUUCUCAACGAGGCACACCGUGUACAUGUAUCUCUUGUUCGUCGCCAUAACAAAACAUGCCAGGAUAAAGGUCUUCCUAUGAAGAAUGAAAAGGAAAUAAACCGUCAGUGGCGAUGCAUUGAGUCGGCUGUUGAGCGAGAUCUAUAUAUGGAGGGCACUGUGUUUGUACAACGUCGUCUGUCGUGUAUGUGUAUCUUUAACCCCGACAGUGAUGAGCGGCCGUAUUGGGACAGCGAGCACACACGUGAACAGCGGCUACAGCGACAGGGCAGAGUCCUCGAACGACUCGCGCAGCAGGCACAGCACGGCCAGGAUCCGUUCUUUCUUCACUGA